AACCCUCCUCUACCUAUCAAAUCUCUAUAAAUUCCCACUCCCCCCCCCCUCCACUCCCAUCACUUAACGCAUCUUCCUCGCACUUUCUCUCUGCUUCUCCUUCUCGUCAAAGACAAGAAGGUAUGGCUGUUAGUGGGUACUUCUUCUUCGUGGGUUUUCUUGCAAUGGCAUCCUCUGUUCACUGUUAUGUCGGUGGAGGUUGGGUUAAUGCACACGCCACUUUCUAUGGUGGUGGUGAUGCUUCAGGCACCAUGGGUGGAGCUUGUGGUUAUGGGAACUUGUACAGUCAAGGAUAUGGGACAAACACAGCUGCUUUAAGCACUGCCCUCUUCAACAAUGGCUUGGCUUGUGGGUCUUGCUAUGAGAUGAGGUGUGUGAAUGAUAAGAAAUGGUGCCUCCCUGGUUCAAUUGUGGUCACAGCCACUAAUUUCUGCCCACCAAACAGCAAUGGUGGAUGGUGCAACCCUCCCCAACAACACUUUGAUCUCUCUCAACCUGUCUUCCAACAUAUUGCCCAGUACAAAGCCGGAAUUGUCCCUGUUGCCUACAGAAGGGUACCCUGUAGGCGGAGAGGAGGCAUUAGGUUUACAAUAAAUGGACACAGCUACUUCAACCUGGUCCUUGUGACCAACGUUGGCGGUGCUGGUGAUGUGCACUCAGUGUCAAUCAAAGGUUCAAGGACAGGUUGGCAGGCAAUGUCAAGGAACUGGGGCCAGAACUGGCAAAGCAACAGCCUUCUCAACGGACAACCCCUUUCGUUUAAGGUCACCACCAGUGAUGGUCGUACUGUUGUGUCUUACAAUGUUGCCCCUGCUAAUUGGGGCUUUGGACAGACCUACUCUGGAGCCCAAUUCCGCUAGGGCUCUUCUUCUCCGGACGGCCCGGCCCAGAAUAUAUUUUAUAUUUGUAUUAGUAUAUUUGGGGGAAACAAAAAACCUUAAGAGUAUUUGGUCAAAAUGGCCUCUCUCUCUUUUUUUUUAAUGAUUUAUUUGCAGAGGUGGGACUUUGUCUUUAACCACCCGCCAAGCUUAGAGAGUGUUUUACUAGGAAUUAGGGGCUUUUAUUGUUGUUACAUGGGGGGUUUAGAGGUAAUUGUAAACAGCUUGUGCUGUGUGUGUAUCAGUGUAUCACCACUGUUGGUCUCUAAUUUGAGACAGAAUUGCAAAUUUCAUGCUGUUUUACUAGUAAUGGUAAAUGAUAAUAGUGUUUGUUA